UGGCGGCGGAAGCAAGAGAGAGCGGCUGGGCAGGUUGGGCUAGGCUAGGCUAGGCUAGGGUAUGCGAGACAGCGCGGAGGCGGCCGCCGCCACUGCCGCCGCCAUGGAGUGAGCGAGCCAGCCGGGGUCGGCGCUGGCCAGCCACUCCCCACAGUGGGGGCAGCACCCUUUCUCCAGGUGGAGGCAAACGUACUAGCAUACAGUUGUAAUAAUGGAGUCUAUGCUAAACAAAUUGAAGAGCACUGUUACAAAAGUGACUGCAGAUGUCACUAGUGCAGUCAUGGGAAAUCCAGUAACCAGGGAGUUUGAUGUUGGCCGACAUAUUGCUAGUGGUGGCAGUGGGCUUGCCUGGAAGAUUUUUAAUGGCACUAAAAAGUCUACGAAACAGGAAGUGGCAGUUUUUGUCUUUGAUAAAAAGCUAAUGGACAAAUACCAGAAAUUUGAGAGAGACCAAAUUAUUGAUUCCUUAAAACGUGGAGUUCAGCAACUAACAAGACUUCGACAUCCUCGGUUACUAACUGUGCAACAUCCAUUAGAAGAAUCUCGGGACUGUUUGGCAUUUUGUACAGAACCAGUUUUUGCAAGUUUAGCUAACGUACUCGGCAGUUGGGACAAUCUUCCUUCGCCUGUACCAUGUGAUAUCAAAGAAUACAAACUCUAUGAUGUGGAAACAAAAUAUGGCUUGCUUCAGGUUUCUGAAGGCUUGUCAUUUCUGCAUAGUAGUGUAAAAAUGGUCCAUGGUAACCUUACUCCUGAGAAUAUAAUUUUGAAUAAAAGUGGGGCAUGGAAAAUUAUGGGUUUUGAUUUCUGUAUUCAGUCUACAAAUCCAUCUGAGCAAGAGCCUAAAUACUCUUGUAAAGAAUGGGACCCGAAUUUGCCAUCUUUGUGCCUUCCAAAUCCCCAGUAUUUGGCGCCAGAAUACAUCCUUUCAGUGAGCUGUGAGACAGCCAGUGACAUGUACUCUCUAGGAGCAAUUACGUACGCUGUGUUUAAUAAUGGAAAGCCUAUUUUUGAGGUCAACAAGCAAGAUAUAUAUAAAAGUUUCAGUAGACAGCUGGAUCAGCUUAGUCGUUUAGGUUCCAACACUCUGCAGAACAUCCCUGAAGAAGUCCGUGAACAUGUAAAGCUACUAUUAAAUGUAGCUCCUGCAGUCAGGCCAGAUGCAGACCAAAUGACUAAGAUACCAUUCUUUGAUGAUGUUGGGGCAGUGACACUACAAUACUUUGAUUCUUUAUUCCAAAGGGAUAAUCUUCAAAAGUCACAGUUUUUUAAAGGGCUGCCAAAGGUCUUACCAAAAUUACCUAAGCGUGUUAUAGUGCAGAGGAUUCUGCCAUGCUUGACUUCUGAAUUUGUAAAUCCAGACAUGGUACCUUUUGUUUUGCCUAAUGUUCUAAUCAUUGCCGAGGAGUGUACCAAAGAAGAAUAUAUCAAAUUGAUUCUACCUGAUCUCAGCCCUGUAUUUAAACAGCAGGAACCAGUCCAGAUUUUGUUGAUAUUUCUUCAAAAAAUGGACUUGCUCCUAACCAAAACUCCUUCAGAUGAAAUAAAGAACAGUGUUUUACCAAUGGUUUAUAGAGCCUUAGAGGCGCCUUCAAUUCAAAUACAGGAACUCUGCUUAAACAUAAUUCCUACAUUUGCCAACCUUAUAGACUAUCCAUCAAUGAAAAACGCACUUAUACCAAGAAUAAAAAGUGCAUGUUUACAAACAUCAUCUCUUGCAGUUCGUGUAAAUUCCUUAGUCUGCUUGGGAAAAAUUUUGGAAUACUUGGAUAAGUGGUUUGUUCUUGAUGACAUUCUUCCCUUUCUGCAACAAAUUCCUUCCAGGGAGCCUGCAGUUCUUAUGGGGAUCCUUGGUAUUUAUAAAUGUACAUUUAGUCAUAAGAAGCUGGGAAUUACAAAGGAGCAACUUGCAGGAAAAGUGCUGCCACAUCUGAUUCCUCUUAGCAUUGAGAACAAUCUUAAUCUCAAUCAAUUUAAUUCCUUCAUUUCAGUCAUAAAAGAGAUGCUAAAUAGAUUGGAAGCUGAGCAUAAGACCAAACUUGAACAAAUUCAUAUUAUGCAAGAACAGCAAAAAUCUUUGGAUAUAACAAACCAAAUGAGCAUACCUGAAGAAACAAAAGCUAAUAAUACAGGCAAUCAGAUCGACAAGGUGUUUACUAAUCUACAGACCGAUAUCUUAACAGCUGGAUCUGAUUGUAAAGAAAAUGGACUGUUGAAAAAUCAGAGGAAGGGUUCACUUACGCUUGAAGAAAAGCAAAAGUUAGCAAAAGAACAAGAACAAGCACAAAAACUGAAAAGCCAGCAGCCACUUAAACCUCAGCCUCAAAAAGUUACUGCUUCAGUCAAACAGACCAAGGACUUGACAGAUACUUUGAUAGAUAACAUGGCAUCAUUGGCCAGCCAAUCACUCAACAGACCUAAAGUUCCUUCUUCAAGUAGCUUUUCUUCAGUUCCGUCUAUGGGUAUUGGAGUGGGGUUUUCAUCACCUGUUGAGAGCACUAAGAGAAAUGGACUAAAUGCUAAUAUAGGAUUUCAGCCUUCAGGAUUCAGCAUGGGGGCUGGUACUGCAAGCCAGAAUUUCUUCAGUGGUGCUGGAGUCACUGGAAUGGCCAAUAUGAAUAUGUUGCCUACAGGCAACAUGCCAGCUUACAGCACUAUGAGCACUACAACGGCAGUUUCACAGCCAGCACAGCAAAACAGGCCACCAGAUAUGUCUGCUUUAGAUAGCCUAUUUGGGCCUCAGAAACCCAAAAUUAGUAUGAAUCAGUUAUCACAACAGAAAACAAACCAGUGGCUUAAUCAAUUUGUACCUCCUCAGGGUACCAGCAGUUCUCUUUCAGGAACACAGAUGAAUGUAAUGGGACAGCCUGGAUUCGGUUUACAGGGAAAUCCUUUCUUUAAUCCUCAGAACUUUACACAGCCAACAAACAACAUGACAAACAGCAGCUCAGCGAGUAAUGACUUAAAAGACCUCUUUGGGUAAUAGCUGUUAUCAUGGGCAAGUUGAUGAUGUAAACAUCUCUUUAUGUCUGGUAAAAACUAACGUGGGAACUUCCAUCUAGCAAAAUGAACAAGAGAAAACCUGUUUCCAAGAUGAGUUAGUAAUACACUUUAUUUGCCUAUGCAUUUAAUUUUCUUAGGCAGCAAGAGGUCAAAAUCCCCUUUUACAUCUUUGAGUUCAGGUUUUAUCAAUCCAGGUACCCAGAGUUAUAAAAAUUAGAAACUGCAUACCUCGCCACAUCAGGAAUUCUGUCUUCUAGCCGCUAUGUAAUCCUACAAAUAAACAUUUUACAAAUAAAAGGAAAUAGAUUGUAUUUACUGAUGGGUCCACCAAAUGCACUGCAUAUAUGUUUUAAGCUCUGGUCUCUUGUUGAUCUUGUAAUGCUUGAGUUUGGUCUGAAUUGAAAAUGAGUUAUAGAAACAUCUUGAUAUAGGAUGGGUUGUAGUUGGAUGCAUGUAUUACUAUGCAGCUUCUCUAAAUGUACAAAAUUAAUUUUUGAAAAGUAGAGUUAUUCAUCCUCUUGUAAGUUGAUACCACAAGUAGCACUCUUCCUAAUAAAGUACAUCAAAAGAGUUAGGUACCCUUCUGACAGAGGUGCUCUUAAUUGCAAAAAAAUACUGCUUGGGUGAUCAUACAACAUAACUUUCCUAUUGAUAACAUAUACUAAGGUAUCAGUCCUACAGUGGAAGCCACAUGGGUGGCAUGGUGACCUUAAAAUCCUACCUAAAUAUGUACAGUAGCUUAAUCAUGCUUAUGUUUAUAUUUGAAACCUGGAUGCUGAAAUAAUACGAUACAAAUUAAUGAACAAAAACAUGUUUCAGAUUGUCCUACAAAGUUCAUUUUGUUAGAAUUUAGAAAUUAAUUACAUUAUGCUUAAAAUGUUGGCAUAAAUGUAUGGAAAGACUUUGGAUAGCUUCUUAAUGUUGCAGGCUACUUCAAAGACAGUCGGAGCUUGACAGAAACUUGAUGGAUACUUUUUAUGGAUUCAGAUUCAAUUUAGCUCUAUUUCUUUAGAUUAAAUGGAUAUGUUACAAAGAAAGUAAUGGAGCAAUCUGCUAUGACAAGGUUAUUGAAUUUAGACCAAACUGUUGUUCUGUAUGUAGCUUGAGUCAUCUGAAAGACUUACAUGAAUUUUUCUGAUACCAAGUUUGGAAUGAAUAGCUCUUGUUGCAUGUUUUGAAGUACUGCUCAAAAUCAAAGUUUCCCCAAGUCUAGAUGCAGCAAUUUAUCCUGUUGAUUAGAUAGGAAAGGGUAUUUAACUAUUCCAAGCUGGAAUCUCUAUCCCACCACUUAUUUCUAUUGGGCUUUAACUAUUUCUUUCCUAGAAAUUUUGAGACCUUUGUUACAUAUAGCUGGCUAUUUUGAGAAGGAAAGAAUUAGCUUCUUUUUUAUAGAAAGCCUACACAUUUUAUUUUUCAAAGCCUUUCAGUGAAUAAAUUAUUUCCAUUUCCUGCUUAAGAAACCAAAGGCCUUAUGCUGUAAAUGUGAGUUGUAUUUUGUUAAAUUAUAUUUCCAAUUUUAAGCAGUAAUAAUGUUAAAUGUAUUUAAGAACUUUAUAUUAUAGCUGCUGCCUUAGUACUCUUACUUUGUAUCUCUGGGACCAGUGAUAAAAUUGUAUGUGUGUUUUUUAAAUACUUGUGAUGUUCAUGUGCUGUUGAUACUCUCACUGAACUAUGCUUAAUUAGCUACAUAAUUUAUGCAUAAAAUUAUGACUAUUAAAUGUGUUAGGUGUACAUGUAAGUUCUUUGGUCUCCAGGUUUCUUAAAAUUUAAAUUUCACCUAUAUGCCUUUGGUAAAAAUUGUUCAGUGUUGUUUUCCCAUACUUUAAAAAAGAGAAAAGGGCAAAUCAAGUGAAGACUUAUAGAUGAUUUAUUGUAAAACAGCAUACCCGCAUGUAGGGAUUUCCUUCAACCAAAAUAACCUGACUUCAGUCCCUCACACAUUUUUUGUUACUGGUUUGUAGCCAUUCAGAUUUGUAUCUUCACUAUACUUGUCAAGGAAAGAUGGUUUUAGUUUAGAUUUUUUUCUUGUCAAGAUAGUUGGAGUAUGCUAAACUGUAUUUCAAUCGUCCAGCAGUGGAAAUUUUACUUACAGUUUUUUGAUCCCAACCAAGGCACUAGCAGUCUGUCAGUUUCUAUGAUGUUUUGAUUUAAGGCUGUAUGCCGGAUGCCAUAUAAUGGUCAGUGGGAGGAGGACCUUCAUUCUGGAUCACUAUCAGAAUUAGUUAAGCACUUCAGUUCAAGUACAAAAAUAUUUCUGUUAGUUUUGAUGCUUACAUAACAGCAUAGUGACUAGCUUUCAGAAGAAGCUUAGCUUUCUUCUGUGAAGAAAAGAAUGGGUUAAAGUGUGAAUAGAUCCUUAUUCAAUAAGUAUCUAAGGAAUUUUGAGUACAAUUCCUUCCUUCCAAGAAGAAAAUGUGUGAAUUUGAAUGCUAAGUUAUAUAGCUGGGGCCAGGAAGAAUGGAAGACUUCAAAGAUACAGUAGCCCGUCCAAACGCCCAAAUUUUAGCUACAGUUUAUAAAUUUAAGAUGGCUCGGGCAUAUUGAUAUUGCUUUCCUUGUAGACUUAAUGAAAUUCUCCAACUCUUGAAUUGCCUAUUUGUGUGAUUUUCCUUUAUAGUGAUGAUUUUCCUUUAUAGUGAGUCAAACAAAGGAGCUGCUGCAGCACAACAAGAUACAAUGUUAAUGACACUUGCACUACCUUCCUUAGGAACUUUUAUCUUUUCAUUAGGAAUGGAAAUUGCACUCUAUGCUGGUGCCUUUGGAACCCUUGAUAGGCUUCAUGGGCACAAACUGGGUGCUAGAAAAGACUGAAGGAGUUGAACAAUGCAGUUAAACUUUUCACAACAGCUACUUUUCUUACUCAGCGCACCCUUGAGGAAUUUUUCUCUUUUUCACACUAUGGUUUUACUUAAUGAAGAAAAUCUAAACUCUAAUAUCUCAGAUUCUUUCAAAUACAAACAUUCUUAAGCAAUUUGAAAGAUAAAUACAGAACACUAAAUACCCUUUUGUCAUUUGUUGUGUUUUCAUUUUUAGUAAGAAUCAAAUCCUGUUCCUUCAACAUUAGCUGACACAUUAGCUGGAUGAAUGUGUGAAAAGGGCUGUGGAGUCCUUGUUCCUAGAAAAUGAAAUGAGAGCUCAGAUCUCCUUAGCAUUAUCCCAGUAGAAUGCACAGGAAUCAUAGUAUAGGAUUUAAAGAGAUUUUACUUUAAAGAUAGAUGAUGGGAAGAGUUAGUUGUUGAAGCUAAUUCUUCCCCCAGAAAGAGAGGGAGCUGCAGAAUCGGUCUUGGAAGAUGAGUAACCCUCUCCUGUCUCAUAUGGGUGAAGGAACUUUUAUAUUCAGUUAUUGUCAUGGUUCCUUUUGUCAGAAUCACCAAAUAUAAAAUGUCCCUACACUUACAGUGAUAGUAGGAAUGAAAGCUAUCAUUUGAGCCUGGAGCUGUGUCUGUAGUUGACUGUUGUGCAUAUUAACAUCUUAAAACUUGGACAAGCAGAUACUGAUAAAAUUCACACAUUGUAAUAUUUCAGUACAGUUAUUGCAAUUUAUUGCUGUUUUUGUCAUUUUUAGUAUUCAGUAAAAAAGGAAACCUGGGAAGUAAUGUUACUGUCAGCAAACUAGUGAAAUUUUAGUAUAUUUUAUUGAUUCAGUGAGAGUGUCAAUGUGCAGCCAUUGGCUUAAAGUUUUCGACAGGUAUGUUUCACAUAGAAAAUUAUUUGUACCUGCUAUAGCAUCAGCCUAAUCUAGCCAGCAUGAGAUAGUUGUAUCAUUCUAGAGUAAAUCACUGCUGUCCAGCUCCAGAUCAUGUGAAGUUUCGCACAGUUGACUUGUAAAUAUUUUCUAAAUUUAAAUGGUUUAUGCAGUUCAAGGUUUUAAAAAUUCAGUCUUAAAAACAAAUUUAUUGGUUAUUAUAUGUGUCUUGCUUUUUGUCAAUGUAACACGUGCAGACUUUUAUGCUGCAACGGGGGGAUUUUGUUACCCAGAAAAUUCAGCCACACUAGGUUUUUUUUAAAUGCCUUUGAAUAAUAAUUGAUGGUAAAUCUAGGAUUAUUGCUCCUAGAAUUCUUGACUUUGUAUUUAAAUCUUUAAAACAAGGUGAUUCCUUAAAAAGAAUUUGUAAAAAUAGUUUCCUCAAAUUGUUAAAAUUCAGACAGCACAGAGUGUUAUAUAAUCUCCCACGUUGGAAGUUGUAUAUCAAAAUGAUUUUAUAUGUAUUUAACUCAGGCCUGACUGAAAAUAUUUAAUGUCUGUUGAAAUGUACAGUCUCUUCUUAGUGGCUUACAAUUCUUGUGUGUAAAGUGGUGAUGUAAAUGGUGUUGCUAUGGUUCAUGAUCAGCAGAAUUGUUGGAGCAUGGCAUUCUAUUUUGAUUUAUUGGACUUCACUGCUCUUUAAAACAAAUCUAUUCUUAUAUUAGCUUUUCAGAUCAGUAAUACUUAAAUAUGUAAAAUGUACAGUGAUGGUUACAAGAAAUUACUACCACUUUGUACUGUGAAUGGAAAAGUUGUGUAGUUUUGAAAUCCUAAAUGAUGUUGCUUUAUUAAAAUAAAAAAAACUUUUCAUAUUUUCA